AUGAAGUUCUCUAUCAAAACAAAAGGCUCUGAUCGUGAUCGCUGUUAUGGCAGCAUGAAGGUCGUUCCAAUGCCAGAAAAGAAGAAGAUUGAUCUUGAUUUUACCACCACACAACGUGAAGUUGAUCUCUCCGAGUUGUUUAUCGGGCUAAAGUUCGCUCGCGGCGCAGACAGCGAGAUUUACCGUGGGACAUACGACGGUGAACAAGUUGCGGUGAAAAUAAUUCAACUUCCCGAAGUCCAGGGUAAAUUAGAGGAUGAUGAUGAUGAUGAUGAUGAAGAAAAAGGCCAACAAGUAAUCAGAGAUCGUUUAUGGAAGCAGUUCAAGUACGAAGCCGGGUUCUUAUCUCGUCUUCGCCACAAGAACGUCGUAAAACUCGUCGCAGCCUACGAAAAACCACCGGUUCUCAUGGUUGUCACAGAAUAUUUAGCCGGCGGUUCCUUGCGUUCUUACCUCAACCAACUCAUAAUAAAACCGGUUUCCUUGGCGAAGGUAAUCGAUAUGGCGCUGGAUAUUGCUCGCGGGAUGGAAUAUAUACACUCGGAAGGCAUCGUUCAUCGGGAUCUUAAACCCGAAAACAUACUCAUCGACGAAGAAUUCAACCUAAAAGUGGCCGAUUUUGGAGUGUCGUGCAAGGAACUUGACUGCGUUAACCUAGUUAAGGAUAAUUCGGGUACGUAUAGAUGGAUGGCUCGGGAAGUGAUCAUGGGAAAACCCUUCAACCGAAAAGUGGAUGUUUAUUCUUUCGGACUAAUGUUGUGGGAAUUGGUUUUCGGGGAAGUUCCUUUUCGUGACCUGACCCCGUUGCAAGUUGUAUACGCCGUAGGGACCAAGAAUCUUAGGCCAGGAUUUCCUGGUAAGCAGUGUCCGAGGGCAAUGAGGGUUUUAAUCGAGUCGUGUUGGUGUUUACGGCCGGAGAAGAGACCCGAAUUCUGGCAGAUAGUCAAGGUUUUGGAACAGUUUCGUGGUCGGCUUAGUCGUGGCGAGACGCUGGAUCCGGUGAUUGAGGUUCCCGGUAGUUGUUCGGAUGAUCACAACAAUAAACACAACCAUAGGCGCAUGCAUUGGAUCAAAGUACACAUGCCAAAAUUUGGAUUAAGUUUUUGA